CCUUUCCCAUCGAGUCAAGAUGGGGUGUGCUAGUGAAAAGGGAAUAAGAGGAAUCCUGAUGAUGGUGAUCUUAGUGAUGGUCACUGUGUCGUAUGCCGAUGCAGGAAAACGAAAGUGCAAAUUCAACGGAAAUAAAUUCAGUAUAGGAGAGGAAGUUCUUGGCCUCCCUGAUCACUGCUGUUCCCUCACGUGCGCAUCCGACGGGGGAAUAGGCAGGAAACAGAAGCAGACGAGGGCCAUUUUGACUCUCGAUUUCACGAGCCUCAACUCCUGUGCCUGUCAGUCUCCCUCUCGCUCUGUCCUCAACCUCACAGGUGUUCUAAGCCCGCGCCAACUCAAUCGUUGGGGCUCCGAAGGUAGGCUGAACAAGAAGCCUAAACCGAAACGCGGAUCGAAACACAGAGCGAAUAACAAAAAAACGAAAAAGUACAAGAAAGACAACAACAAGAGGACGAAAAAGGUGGGAGAGAGGGCAAAGAAGAAGAAGAAGGGAAGGUGUGUCUUCAACAAUAAGAAAUACAAAAGUAAUGAAAUCGUAGAAGAAGUGGCCAGGCGGUGUUUCGACUUAGUGUGUCAGGCGAAGCAGAAGAAGAAAAAGGGAAGUGUUGAGGUUGUUCCGAGGACUGAUUGCACGUGUUCGGACGAUGUGGACCCGCCCGCACCGCCACCGCCACCGCCACCGCCACCAUCCCGAGACUGCAGCGAAUAUGCCGAAACCUUUACGCCGAGUCACUCCAUCUGCCAGCCCCAGAACAAGGCAUGCGGCAUACACAGGGAAGGCGUGAGCGAGGAGGAGAAGAAGAUGAUAUUGAAAGAACAUAAUGAGUAUAGGGCGAAGGUCGCCCGAGGGGAAGAGAAGCGAGGCGCGCCCGGCCCCCAGCCCUCCGCCGCCAACAUGAUGGAGAUGGUUUGGAAUCAGGAGCUGGCCGACGUGGCACAGGCUUGGUGUAAUACCUGUCCUGCGAACCACGACUGCAAUGACUGUCGGAAAGUGUUUAGCAUAGACGGCUUCGUGGGACAAAAUUUGUACUGGCAUUUUUCGUUCCAGUCAGAACAGGUUUGGAGUCAAGCACUGGGGGCCUUCUACGAUGAGGUGCAGUUCGUCCCCAAAACCCUGGUGGAUAGAUAUCUGACAAUUCCCACACCAGGACCGAUUGGCCACUACACCCAGAUGGUUUGGGCUGAAACGCGCGAGCUGGGCUGUGGCGCUGCCUACCACGGACCUUGUGCCGGAAAUUUCCCAGAGUGCAAGACGUAUUGUUGCAACUAUGGUCCUGCAGGAAAUAUUUUGUCGAGGCCUAUGUACGAAAAAGGUCCUGCAGCUUCUAACUGUCCAAAUGGAAAAUCUGGUGAUUAUGAUGGACUCUGUAAACCAUAAUUUCUUUUGCAAUUUGCAUAUUUCAGUGUUUCUCUACCUGGUUUAUAUUUUAAAAAAAAGUUGUGAUGCUUCCGGCUAUCAGUGUGCGAAAAACAAAUUUUAUGGAUUAAAUAUUUAGUCAGUUUUAAUUCACAUUUGUUUUUAGCUAAAUAUAAGUUAUAUAAUAACAUCAUCAUCUUUGUAACAUAUGCAGUAUGCCAGGUGUGUAGACAUUAAAUGAAUAAUUAUUCAAUAUUAUUAAAAUUUGU